GACACGUGAAACUUACUUUGCGUAGCUCGCGUCGAUACGUAGGGUAUGCUUUGGCCCUAACUCGGUAUACACAUUUUGGAGGUACACGCCAGUGUGCCAACAUUUGUUGCGAGACUUACCGAGAGUACGCACAUGUACACAGCGCAUGCGCACGUUUGUGCGCAUGCGAGUUUAAGCGUAAUGCGUGGACUUCAGAGCGUCAACUUUCUCGUGUAUGUGCUGUGCUGAAUUGCGUUGGCAGUACUUUUUGUGGUAAAACUGCGAUUACGCUGCGAGAUGAAUCAACACUGCAUACAAGGACGACAAAACGUUGAAAUCACAAAGAAUGAAAGCGAAAUCUAAGGAGGAAUAUAUUGUAUGUGUUGGCAUCUGUUGGCUGAAGAGGUCAACGUGCAUCACAGAAUAAGGAUGCUAAUAUCCUGACUCAAGACCACAAGCCAGAGAAAGAAAGGAAUACCUUUUAUGCUUGGUAUCCAGUAUUUCUGGAUCCCAGAUUGCAGUCUUUUCCAUCUGCACUUUGGGGAUCAUGGACUUGAUGAAUCAAUAACUUCCUUAAUAGAAGUGACAAUGGGAAGAAUUCAUGGAACUUUAUAACAUAUUUUAAGCAAGUCUUGGUUGAACAGACAUGGCAUACCAUUCACUUGAUUUUUCAACUGGAAAUGAUUUCAUCUGCACAGAGUGUGGUGAAGGGUUUGGCCAGUACCCGAAACUGAUCAAUCACAUGGCUAAUCAUGGACCCAUUGGCCCAUUUUCUUCCAUUUCUGAAACUGCAGCUAAUGGUUGUGACAAACCUAUUGAAUUUGCACUUCAUGAAAAUGGAACACUCACAGUGGUUGAUAGAUCUGCUUUAUCAAACUUCUCAUUCUUAUUUGGAAAACCCAUGUCAAAGCUAUUGUCGAACCCAGCACAUUAUCAGGAUUCCUUGCCUUCAGCUAAAAUGGCAGAAAGAGACCAUACCCAGUGUAGAUGUGAGAGAUGUGGUCAAGUGUUUCGGAACCAGAGAAGUUUACAGCAACAUCAGCGAUAUCGUCCCCUUGAGCAAGGGUUUAAAUGUACCUUAUGUUGCAAGGUUUUUUAUGAUAGAGAGAGCCUUCGUGGGCACCUUCAGAAUCAUGCUCAUGAACGUUUUUACAGUUGUGGACAUUGUGGAAAACGAUUCUUAAGACAAGAGACCUUGUUGUUACAUCAGAAAGAAUGGCAUGGGUCUCUUGGAUCCAGGAGUUCAAGUAAAUUUGAUGAGGACUGCGAAAAUGGUAUAGAUAAAUCAUAUCCUUGCAAGAUUUGUGGCUUGCGUUUCUUUUGGUUAUCGGACCUGCAGAGCCAUCUGCUUAAUCAUUCUCAUAUCAGCAAAGCAACUGAUGAUCCUACACAAAAAGAGAACAUGCAGGAACCGGAUGAGAGUAGCCCUAAGAAAAAUGCCUCCCAUUCUCCUGAUGAUUCUGCUGACCGAUCAUAUCGUUGUGGCUUGUGUGGAGGACACUUUAAUUGCUUGUCAGAUUUGAAAGAGCAUCAUCUUUCAGAUCAUCCAGAUGAGGACUCUUCUGAACCAGUACCUGAGAUUAGACGACAGUCUGUUAAUUAUUAUGGUAUAAUGCGUCAAAUGGUUUCAAAACACCAAACUCAACGACUGGAUCUAUUGAGGCCACGAAUGAGAGGUAGACCAAGAGGAGGUGCUUCCAGAGGUAAUCCACACUCUAAGGUAUUCCCUUGCAAACAAUGUCAUCGUGUUUUUGUACACUCCAGUAGCCUUUCCCGUCAUAUGCGAUACCAUAAGGGAACUCUUCAUACAUGCCUUUAUUGUGGUAGACACUUUCCGCAAAGAUGUGACGUGACAAGGCAUGUUGCCAUGUACCAUAGUUCAGACAUAAAACUUAAGACAGAUGGGGAAAAAUUAGACCAUGAAGAUGAAACCGCUACACAUGAGUCACCAAAAACGCAGACAAGCAAUGACAGUGAUCAUGAAGGUCAGGACAAUGAAGACCAGCAGUCACCAAAACCACCAGACAAAGAGGAGUUGCCAGAUACUCAAGAGGCCUCUCUACUCAAGCCACGGAUGACCUACAAAUGCAAAGACUGUGGUCGAGUCUUUAGGCUGCUUAGUGUAUAUCAGCGACAUGGGCGUUACCACAGAAUAAACCCUUCUCGGGUAUUGCUAAGCUGUCCUCGUUGUCCAUGUCGCUUUACCUUCCGCUCUGCUCUAGAGCGCCAUCUAGAGAAUCAUGAUAAAGAAGGGUCUGAGAAACAUGGUCAGGAAUCAUCUCCAACUGCAGAGACCAAUACGGAGUAUGUAGAAAAUGAAGACGAUUUGAGUGUUGAAAGGAGUGAGUCAGAAGCUGAUUCAAAAGAGAGUACAUCAACAGACGUAUUGUAUGAAUGCACUGAAUGUACGGAGACCUUCACAGAGCUACAGCUAUUCCUCAAACAUCAAAGCACUCAUGGUUGAAAGAUAUUUGAAGAGACAAUUUAAUAUACCUUGAACUGUUGAUUAAACUGUUUGAUACAAUGCCACACCUGCAAUGUGUUGUACAACAAAUCAAGUACAUAGUGAUUUCAUCAAGGUUUUUCUGAAUUAAAUUCGUGUUUUAAAAUGAUGCUAUUUUGAGAGGGUGGGGGUCAGAUCUUGCUGGAAUCAAAGAGAAUGCUAAACUGGUACUGGAAAAUUGGUACUUUGAAACAUUUGUUUCCUACAGUGCUAAUUCUAAGCCACCAGUUUUCUACCCAUCUUUAUUUUUUCCUGUUACUCACUAACCUUUAAAUAUUCAAUUUGUCAGCUACAGAAUCUCAGAACAGCUCAUAACUGCCGUUGCAGUAUGUACUUAUUUGAUACUGAAUGUCUUCAAAGCUGCCAGUUACUGAUGUCCAAGUCCAAUCCCCACUGAUUUUGUGCACAUGUUUUUCUUACUUCAAUAAUUACUGUCCAACAGUGUACUAAAUAUAGACACAGCAUAGAACAUGGGUAGAAAUGUUUAGUUUCCUUCCCUGCUUUCCUUUAGUAAGCCCUGAUUAAAUUAUUGGAUGGUACAAUGGUCAUAGAAAUAUGUGUUUCCAUUCAGUUUAUAACAAUUUAUAAAACAGGUGUUUUGUUUGUGUGUGUGUGUGUGUAUAUAUAUAUAUAUAUAUAUAUAUAUAUAUAUAUAUACACACACACACACACACACACACACUGUGCUAUCAAGUAAUAUAGCUUCCUUUGCAACAAUUGACUACGUAGAUAACACUGAAAAAAGUACUGCUAAAUUUAUUGCUGGCAAACAGCCUGGUCCUGCCUGGUUCAGGCAUUAUUGUCAGAAGUCCAGGCUGAAGUUGUGUUUGUUGCGUGCAACAAGUUUUGUUGGAACCCAGGGUACAGUGCUAAUUAAGUUCACUGAUGCAGUACAUAUUGCAGAUUUGUUUUGAGGGCUCACUUGGGACUACUGGGCUGGCAACUAGAUAGCUGAAGAGAAAGCAUGCUUGUCUACAAAAGUCCCUUGCCAAGGUAAAGUGCUUUUAAUUCAAAAGACUAACUUGUAAUAUAAUUACUGCAUUUGCAGGUAGGAGACCAGUAGACAUUUGAAGUCAGAUCUGACUUUUCCUCUGACUUUAUCCUGUUCUGCUGUAAAGAUUAUACAUGCAAAGCAGGGCUCAAAGAAAUGGACAGGCUGUUUGCACUUCUACAAGCUCAUUCUGGGACAGUGGGUUUUGGUCCAUGAGACACCUUUGCGCCACUAUGUAAACAGCAACUUUAUUUGAAAAUUCCCUGGGACUGAUAACCAUUGUAUGGGAAUAUAACUGUAUACCUGUUGUGUCCAAAGCCACAGACUAUGUUCUUCAGUGAAUACCAGGGUCUAAAAUGAAGUAUAGGUGAUCAUUUCCAUCAGUUCAGCACUUCAGUAUUAAUGUCUCACUUUUUAUGCACGAGUCCCUUACUGUUCUGGCAAAUUGUGGAAACUCUUACCAAAUGGCAACCAUAUUUGUUUCUGUGGUAUGUGGGUAAUUUCUUUUUUUUUUUUAAAUAAUGGUUGAAACACAACUGCAGAUCUCUUGUGUAUUUGUAUUAAUAAAAUUUGUUAUCUGA